AUGUGGGAAUUUUUGGCACGUGUAUAUCAGAAAUCCAAUGAGGCCAGGCGUUUUCAUCUUGAACAAGCCAUUGCAGUGUUUGCUCAGGGCGGUAAAACCAUUCAGGAAUACUAUUCUGAUUUCAUGACCAUGUGGAUGGAGUACUCCUCCAUCGUGUACAGUGGUGUGUCUUCGGUCAGUUUGUCGUCUAUCCAAGCUAUUCAUGAUGUUUCCAAACACAACCAGUUCCUAAUGAAAGUGCGACUUGAGUUUGAGUCGAUUCGUACUAGUCUUCUCAACCGUGCUCCAUCUCCUUCCCUUGGCAUGUACCUUUAA